AUGGCAAAUGCUGCUUCGCCAGUCCGGCCGGGAGCAGGUCAGGAAUCCAGUGAGAUGGUUAACUCGGAGAAAGUGGUUCCCACUGUGCUGAGCGAACUCGAUGAAACGAUGCUAUCCUCGAGGGAGUCGGCUGAGUCCAAUGAUGGCACCGAGAAGCCCGAGGCGAGCCUGAAAUGGAAGAUCGUUGCGAUCCUCUUGGUGUCCGCCAUCGGCUUUGGCUCUCACUGGAGCUCGGGCAUCACGGGGGCGAUGAAAACGACGCUCAAGAAGGAACUGCAGAUCAACAACACCCAAUUUGCGCUCUUGGAAGCAAGUGAAGAUUUUAUGGUCACGGCGCUGAUCCUCUUCAGUGGCCUGGUGACGGAUAGGAUCGGUGGAGCAGGUGCCAUCCUAUACGGAAAUGUGAUAUACUCGAUUGGAUCCAUCUUGAUUGCAGCAGCGGCGCAAAUUCGUUCGUACCGUUUCAUGGUAGUUGGAAGGAUCAUAGCCGCGCUCGGCGAUAUUGCUACGCAAAUUGCGCAGUACAAGAUCUUUGCUUCGUGGUUCCCUCCCAGCAGUGGGUUCGCGUCGACAUUGGGUUUGGAACUUGGGAUAGGGAAGAUUGGGUCUUUUGUUGGAAAGUCGAGUGCUAAUAUCAUUGCGAAGAACACUGGGAACUUCGCUUGGGUCUUCUGGGUCGCAGUUAUCAUGAACCUCUUCACCAAUUUUAUGACUGUCGUCUUCUAUCAGUUCAACAAGUUCGCCACAAAGAGAUUUGGUUCGGUUUCGGAUCCGGCAACGGGUGAAAAGCUGACGGAAAAGAACAAGAAGUUUGAGAUCAAAAAGGUCCUGGAGUUACCCUGGAUCUUCUGGUGUAUCAUGAUUUUCUCCUUCUUCCAGACCAGUACUGCUAUUGUCUUCACACAAAAUGCGACUGAAUUGGCGGAGCAACGUUUUGGGACGGAUUCAGUUACUGCCGGUUGGUAUUCGGCCACGUUGCAAUAUGCUGGCUUCUUCCUUGUGCCAUUCAUUGGAGUUUUCAUUGAUUUGUACGGAAAUCGUGUGUCGCUUAUGGUGAUUUGCGGAACAGGAACGUUCCUCGCCAUGGCGUUAGUCGCCUAUAGCCAAACAGCCUCGGGCAACGCAGCAGCCUUUGGGAUUUUCGCAUUUGCCCUUACCUUUGGACCUACCGUGAUCAUUGAUGGGAUCCGAACUUCGAUGUGGCAUCAAUCCGUGUUCGGCUCAGCUUAUGCUGUCAAGGUUGCAAUGAAUAACUCUGUCAAUAUCAUCGUACGCGUGGUCACGGGAGUCAUUCAAGAUCGUGACAACAACUCUUACGAUAGGGUCAGCAUUUUCUACUCGGCAUGGGCCGCAGCUGCCGCAGCCAUAUCAAUUAUGCUGGUGGUCCUUUCCAUGAAAUCGAUUGACUUGCGACAUCUGCAAUGGACUCGCAAGCAGCGUAUUGCGAAGGGUGCAAUCAUCAACGAACGCAAACGACGUUUUCAUGACGAAGAUGGGGAGAAGAAUAGGAAGAUUUCGAGGAUAUGUUUUGGAUCAUUGAUUGUGUUGAUCCUCGCGGCGUGGUCGGCAUACUUUUGGGGUGUCGCAACAGGCAACAACUCGUGA